AUGCGAUUAGGAUCUUUAUUAACAAUGGCAAGUAAUGGAAUUCCAGGAAAACUUUCACGAUAUGUUGUUAACUGCUUUGAUCUAGAUAAAAUGAAGAUCAAUCUACCAGUUGGAUCAAUAGAUAUCACAUCAGAUCUGAUUCACAAUUUACUUGGAAUCCCAACAGGUGGAAGAAAAAUCAAUGAAUUUGAUUUAAAUGAAAAAACCGAGACUGGUCUUUUGGAAUGGAGAAAUAUAUAUAAUGGAAAAAAUAUGAGACCUAGUCAAAUUGAAAAACAUAUCUACAAGUCUUCAUGUUCAGGAAAAAUAUUCCAACUUGACUUUGCAGUUCUCUUUUUAAAUUUGUUUUGUGAACAAAACAAACUAGGAACUUGCAAGAACAUACUUUUGCCACAUUUGUAUGAAGCUUGGUGUGCACAUAUAAUCGAUUGCUUAAAGGUUUGCAAGAUUUAUUGGGAUGAAAAAGAUAGAACCGAUAACUUCUGUGGACCACUACUUGUAUUACUGUUGGCUUAUUUAGAUUUCAUGAAAAACUUGAAGAAAGAUUCAAUCAAAAUAUUAGAACAUCCAAUACAUUACUGGGAUAUUGAUAAAAUGUCAAAAAGAGAAAGAGCAGAAAUUCUCAGUGGAUCUUUUGGAAAUGUAGAUGUUGAUGAGAAUAUUCCUGAUUUUAAUGAAGAUUCUGAUUCUGAUGAUGAAGAUGAUAUGAGCGUUGAGGAACUGAAAUGUAAAUUAAUAAAGAAGUAUAUGAAUUUGGUUGAAAUGAAAAAGAACAUUUUAGAGUUGUUAAGUUUUUCUGUUUCAAAAUUCAAAGAAAGCAAUGAGCUGCUUGAUAUUAAAUAUAAAAUUGAAGAAGAACUAGCCAAUUCAAAAAAAGCACAACAUGAAGAGCGGAGUAAUCAAAAAAGUGAAAAAGAAGGACAACAUGAAGUCGAUGUAGAGCAUGAAGUUCAAAAAGAAAAAGGAGCUGAAGAAUUGGAUAAACUUGAAGUUGGAAAAGACAAUUUAAAUAAAACAGAAAAUGAAAUUGAAAUCGAAAAAGAAGAUGAAAGAACAACUGCACCAGAGAAUGAAAGAACACCAAGUCCACUAUUGAAACUCAUGUCAGAACAAGAUUAUUUGUUAAGCAAUUCAAAGAGAAAGAAAGAUGAUGAAAAGUACAAUAUUGAAGAUGAUGAAAAUGAUGAUGAGGAUAAAGGCAACAACUCGGAAGAAAAAAAAAGAUGA